CCUGAGUAAAGCCAUUCACGUGAGACACUGCAAAUCACCCACCCCAUAUGGAUGAUCAGCUUCUCCUCUCCUGAACUCAACAAAAUGUCCAGAAGAAAGCGUUCUUCACAAGUUAUCUGGUGACUGGUACUUUCCUAAAAUGGGGAAACGGCUUAUAGUAGCUUUUGGCCUUUGGGCCAUAGGUGGUCCACUUGGAUUACACCAUAUAUAUUUGGGCCGAGACAGCCAUGCCUUGCUUCUGAUGCUUACUUUAGGAGGUUUUGGAAUGGGGUGGAUGUGGGACUUCUGGAAGAUUCCACGACUUGUCUCCCAAGUAAAUAAGCAAGAAAAAAAAGGAAACAACAAGUUAAAAGAAGGAACACCACCAGCAAGCUCUAUUCGUUUCAUGGCACAGGUUACUACUGGCAUUUAUUUUGGUCUAGUGGCAGCUAUUGGAUUAUCUUCCCUUACCAGUUACUAUGUGAUCGCUCUGCCACUAGCUGUUGGUCUAGGAGUCCAUCUUGUUGCGACUGUAGGUGAGCAAACCUCUAACCUGAAGAACACACUGGUAGCUGCAUUCAUGACUUCACCAAUUUUUUAUGGCCGUGCUGUCUCCAUGAUCCCAAUCAGCCUCACUGCAAGCAUCACCUCUCAGCAACACCGGCAAUAUCGACGACAGCAACAGAAAGAUGAAAAUCUCAGCUUACGUCUAUACCGCAUUGGGCUAGCCUACCUAGCUUUCACUGGCCCACUGGCUUAUAGUGCUCUUAUAAAUACAAGCCGCACUAUUAGCUAUGUGGCCGGAUGUAUUGGGUCUCUGCUUGAUUGGCUGAGCUUUUUCCCCAGCCUGAGUGCAAUGGUGGAAAGAAUCCUCUUGCUGCCAUACAGAGCCUGGGGGCUUUUUACAGGAGGAGGUUUUCAUGAUAAUAACUUCAAACAAUGGGAAAAAAUCUAUGAAUUUGUGGCAAGUUUCCAGAAUGUAAAGGAGGAGAUGGCCUGCAAGAUUCUAGGAGUGAACUCUGAUGCCACCAUAGAAGAAAUAAGCCACCAUUAUCGAGACCUUGUAAAGGUUUGGCACCCAGAUCACAACAGGCAUCGCCCUGCAGAGGCUGAAAAGCAUUUUCUUGAAAUUCAGGCAGCUUAUGAAACUCUCAUUCAAAUUCUGAAAAUGAAAAAUCGUGGACAAUAAGAACUGUUCAACUAUGUCCUGUCAAUAGCUCAGCAACAGGUGAAUGGAGACAACCUGUAUUACAUACAUUCUCUGUUCUAACUGCUCCCAGGCAAAAAGUCCAAAAAAUAAAGUUCACAUGAACUGUGAUAACAAA